ACAGACUCUCCAAAUCUGAAUCUGAUCCUACAUCUGACUCGCUGCUUUGCUGGACAGAUUACUAGAGGACCCAGUUACCUGUAUACAUCCCAGUUCAGAACCGUGGAUCUCUAGAAACGACGCCUGGAAGUUCCAGAGAGGCACACACCAUGAGCAUGAACAUGAAUGAACUGACAGAUUUGCUGGACAUGUUGACGGACCAGAACUUCUCAUUCCUGGAUGAGAACGGUUCACACGUGGAGACGGUGGUAUGCCAAAGCUCUUUCAGCCAGCAUGCCAUGUUGUACUCCCUGUCCGUUCUCUACAUGUUCAUCUUCAUCAUUGGCCUGGCUGCAAACACCCUGGUUGUUUGGGUGAACGCACGUCCCGGACGAGAGCGCCACGAGACGCAUCUAUACAUUCUCAACCUGGCUAUUGCUGACCUUUGUGUAGUGGCUACACUCCCGAUAUCCAUCACCUCACUGCUUCAACAGGGGCACUGGCCUUUUGGUGAUGCCAUGUGUAAGCUCACUCAUAUGAUCUUCAGCAUCAACCUGUUCAGCAGCAUCUUCUUCCUGGCCUGCAUGAGUGUGGACCGGUAUCUCUCCGUGGUUUUCUUUGUGGACUCCGCCGGCCAGGGCAAAAGAAAACGGACAAGGCAGAUCAUCUGUGUUGGAAUAUGGCUUCUUGCACUUCUUGCAGCCUUACCCGAUACUUAUUUCCUACAGGCGGUCAAGUCCACACAUUCUGAUGGUAUAACCUUGUGCAAAUCUAUGUACCCAUUCGAGUCUGCGCAUGCAUGGAACGUUGGAGUCCAGAUGAGCUUCAUUGUCCUCGGAUUUGCUGUCCCAUUUCCUAUUAUUACAGUGUUCUAUGCACUACUGGCAAGAGUCAUCAGGUCCUCAUCUGACCAAGAACGUUGUGCCAGUCGCCGACUUGUCUUUACCUACAUAGUUGUUUUUCUGGUGUGCUGGCUGCCCUACCAUGGCACGCUACUUCUGGACACGCUGGCACUGCUGAAUGUCCUACCACUGAGCUGCACAUUAGAGAAUGCCCUCUAUGUAGCUUUGCAUGUCACACAGUGCCUCUCGCUGCUCCACUGCUGUGUCAACCCAGUUGUCUACAACUUCAUCGACCGCAACUACCGCUACGACCUCAUGAAAGCCUUCAUCUUCAAGUACUCCACCAAAAGUGGCCUUGCAAGACUCAUUGAUGCUUCACGUGCUUCAGAGACUGAAUACACAGCUGUGGAGGGCCAGGGUCCUCUGUGAGGGAAUUUCCUGUGAAGACAUUAUUAGCUGACUGUUCUGUAAACCCUCUAUAUUUUGAUUAUAAAAACAACAGGGACAGAUUAUAAAGCCAAAUCUCUUAAGUUGCAUUAUUUUCUGUAAAGAACUUUAAGCAUUAUAUUCAGUACAAACAGAGGACUUUUAUAAACCUUUUUGUAAAUGUAAUUAGUUGUUUUUUAUAGAUGUAUGACUGAAGCACUUGGACUGAGUUGAAGGCUAAGCAAGUGAGCUUCACUGUUCAUUGCCCAAGCAUAUAAGGUUGCUGGGGUCAGAAUUCCACUCCCCCUAAGAAUCUCUGAGAGAACAUAUAAAGCCUCAGGGUCCUUUUUGACCUCAGCGCUGACCCUGUCUCUGUUUAUCUGUACCUAUCGGCCACCUUCAGGCUGAAGAUCAUCGCAUUGCUAUUGUUUAGCCAGUGGACCAAGAAGGAGUUAAUGAGAAGGCAUACAAAAGAGGCAAAGCAUGGUGAACGGAAAGGGACAGAUCCAAAAUCUCAUUAAGAGACAUUGUCAGAGGUUGCCCUGGUAAAGUUGGAUGCUUGCAUGUGUAAUCAUAUAAAUCAAGAUGUAGAAAGCAGAUAUACUUUUUUAGAACAAUGUAUGUUUUGUAAAUAUGAAGGAAUAUUUAUAUAUUCAUCAGUGUGAAUAUUCGGUGUUUUGCAGUAUUGUCUGACACGUUAAAAUUUACUAUUGAAAUAAAAAACUGAUAUUUGUACGAA